AUGCUUGAGUAUCACUUUGUGCAUAGAAAGGCUGUGUUUACAAAUCUCUUCAUAUCUAACUAUCUAUCUAUCUAUCUAUCUAUAUUAGCCUUUGCUUUCUCUCUCUUAAUCUGUUCAUGCCUGCUUCUCUGCCUGCUUACCUAUCUAUCUAUCUAUCUAUAUGCAGUUCAUUUUAUAUCUAUCUAUCUAUCUAUAAGCCCGUACCUCUAUCACUCUAUUGCUUUUAAUCUGUUCAUACCUGCCUGCCUAUCUAUCUAUCUCUCUAUCUAUCAUCAGUUCAUUUUAUAUCUAUCUAUGUAUCUAUCAGCUGGUAACCUCAUUCAAUCAGUUGCUUUCUCUCUCUUAAUCUGUUCAUGCCUGCUUCUCUGCCUGCUUGCCUAUCUAUCUAUCUAUAUAUCAGCCCAUACCUCUAUCAGUCUGUUAUUUUCUCUCUCUUACUCUGUUCAUGCCUGCCUGCAUAUCUAUCUAUCUAUCAGCAGUUUAUUUUAUAUCUAUCUAUCUAUCCAUCUAUCUAAGGACCUUAUUGCUAACUCCUCACCUUGUUGGAUCACAGUAUAG